AUGGAUGCCGUGCGCCCAAGUGGCGAUCAAUUCAGCCAGGUCCUUCAGGACAGUUUCACGACAUGGUCCUCCUAUCGCAAUGGAGAGGAUGGCCAACUUCCCCGACAUGCGAUAGAGCUCAACCAUCUCGUUAAUCAAACUCCACCUUUCCUCGGCGGCCUUGCUCCCUUGAACGGGGCCACAUCGUUCGCGUGCGAGGAGAAGGGUGGUCUUGUGGUCAGUGGUCGAUCAACUUGGAGAACUUCCAAGGGGAAUUGCGAUUCAGAGCCAAAGGUCAUGCCCAAGGAGCUUCUUCUGGCGGUUGGCCGUCGACUCAAUGUGAUAUUGUCGGACGAGGCUCCAUUUUCAGUUUGGCCUGGAGUUCAUGGACUCUCGGGUUAUGACCAAAGCAAUCAACUUUCAGUCCUGUAUGUCGCACGGGCAUAUAUUCUGUCUGCCCGAUGGCUUGAAUUGCUGGCUCGCUCUGCGGACCAUGAAUGCCGCAUGGCCUAUUCCAAACCAGAGAAUCUAUCGCCGCAGCUGGAUAAGCCAUCCAUAGUUGAAAUUGGAGAUGCUGGCGAAGAAGAGGCUUUCUGGUGGCGCGCUAUCCUGUCUGAUGAUUGGGAUGCGACAACCAAGUACAAGGACCGUGAGUCUUUAUCUCCAUGGUCGGUCUCAGCAAAGAAUGCAGGAUUAGUCCUACCCACAGGCGUUUUGGGUGCCGAAUCAAAUCCACCAGGCUCAGGCACUGCUCUCAAAUACCUUUCCCGUUUCUGUAUACACCAUCGUCUAUACGCUCAAUGCUCAGUUGCACUUGCCGGAGUACUUUAUAUUCCAUUUCUGCGGAAGAGAACAGUUUCCCUUCCUUUCCCAAGAUGUGUUCGACAUGAAAGAGAAGGUGUUGCUGAUGAGUUUGACGUCCCUAUCACCAAAACUCUCGACGACCACAGUGAAUUACUCUCCAAUUAUAUGACGUUGAGUUCCAAUGAAUGGGGGCUACGCUCUCUCCUUCAAAGUACAUUUUUCAACCCAGACAUUGACUGCAAUCUCGUCAGUGCAUGGUUGAAUCCGGCUUUUGCCAUUCUGAAAUCCAUCCAAAGCAAGACCUCAGUCGCUGCAUUCCUAGCAAACAGAAACCCUCGACUGGGAUCUCUAUGGCUUGGUGCAAUAUUGACUGGCCUAGCAGACUCCGUCUUACGUGACAUACGAUCGGGGAUGGUAGCUCUGGACCUCACAGCCUCUGGCUGGACCGGGAUAUCACAAUCGUUUCUGACUUCGAAGAUGGAAAAUAGCCAUGGCGAGCUCUUAAGCCGCGAUGAUGAAAGCCGGUUGCUUUAUAUACUGGCCAGUGAAGGCCACGAUAGACCUCCUUUAUGGCCUUUCAAGCCCUUCGGAUUCUCCCGGCUUGAAGACACAGACAUCGCAGUCCGAAAGCAUGCGCGAUGUGCGGGUCACUGCUUGGAAUACGAAUCUUGGGAAUGGAUCUUGACAAAUGGCAGGUUGAUUGUGAAUUCCGAAGUACAUACUAGCCAACUUGUUCGGGCUCCCGUUCCAUCUGCUAAUGGGGUAUCGACAUCGGCUGCACUUCAUGAUUAUGACUAUGAUUUCGAUUCGCAGGACCUUUCUGAAGGUUUCACAUAUGGGAUAUUGGAUGGUUAA